GAGCAAAUAAAUCGCACAAAUUAAGGCAAAAAAAAAAAAAGGAAAAAAGAAAAAAGACAUUUAACAAUGGCUCGCCACUUCCCCUCGCUUCUCCUCCUCGUCACUCUCCUCCUCCCCUUUCUCACCAAUGGUGAUGACGACGAUAACCGGUGCGUGUACACGGUGUACGUGCGCACCGGCUCGGUCAUCAAAUCGGGCACCGACGCCACCGUCGGCCUCACCCUCGCCGACGCCUCUGGCCGGGAAGUGUCGGUCCCGGACCUGGUGGCGUGGGGCGGGCUCAUGGGCCCGGCCCACGACUACUUCGAGCGGGCCAAUUUAGACGUCUUCAGCGGGCGCGGGCCGUGCGGGCUCGGCCCGUUAUGCCGCCUCAACCUGACCUCCGACGGGUGGGGCCCGCACCACGGGUGGUACUGCGAGUACGUCGAGGUAACGUUGACCGGACCUCACACGCCGUGCGCACAGACGCUUUUCUACGUGCGCCAGUGGUUGGCCGCCGACGCUGCACCGUACCAGCUGUACGCGACCGUCGACGGAUGCGGCGGGGGCCCGGCCAGGGCCCACAAGGCCCAGCAACACGUAAUGGGCCGGGUUGUGAUCGGGGAUGGGCCAAAUGCGGAGUCCAUUUAAAGUGUCACGUGUGCACGUGUGUUGUGUAGGUGGAGGGGCUUGUGUGCUUAUUAUCAUUCACACAAGUGGAUGGGACUUUGUGAUGCUUGGUUUGAAUCCGUGGUUUGAAAAUAUUUGGUUCAGUGUGACAAAGAGUCAUUUUGGGGUUUUGUUAUAAUGAAAUAAAUGAAAUAAAUAAGUAAUGCUCGUCGGUUUUAUUAAGAAAUGUGAAUGGAUUCGGGUUCGAUUUGCACUCGAAGUAAAAGCAUUUGCAGCACCAAGUCAAAGCAUUAGUGACACGACCCAGACAC